AUGGCUCCUGUGUCCCGAUCCCACUAUCCGGAGGACUCGCUGGGCUCUCGGAGAUGGAAACGCAGCUCGUCAGGAAGCCCACCAUCCGCACAGGCCAGAUGCUCCCCUCGAGGUUCGCGUUCCCACUCUCAGUCCCGCGGCCAUGAGGGCUUCAGGCCUCCGCAAAGUUGGUCGUGCGUGGUCGGCUCUCCUUCCACCUUCCGAGGCACUCUAGAUCGAGAACGACCCCCUGGGCUUUGCAACUACGCCCUUUCUUCCUCUUCUUUCUAUUAUGGCAGAUACCGCUACCAUCAUCACCACUAUACUGGUGAGCGGCAGUGGGUGGAAGGCUACAAAGAGGAGAAGGAGGAGAGCCAUCGUCAGUGGAGGCUAAAAGAAAGAGAGAGGAUUGGGGAGUUGGGAGUGCCUGAGGUCUGGGGUCUAUCUCCAAAAUGCCCUGAGCCCGAUUCUGAUGAACACACUCCAGUUGAGGAUGAACCAAAGACCCAGAAGAGAAGCCGUUCAGAUUCUAGCCAGGAAGAAGGAAAAAGGAAGAAGGCCAGUCAUUCAAAAAACAAGAAAAAAAGAAAGAAAAAGUCAUCCAAAAGAAAACAUAGGAGGUAUUCUGAUAAUAGUGAUAGCAAUUCAGACUCUGACACAAAUUCGAACUUUGGUGAUGAUAGAAAGAAAGCCAGAAAGUCCAAGAAGAAAGAGAAGAAAAAGAAACACAAAGCCAAAAAAGACAAGAGAAAGAAGAAUAAGAAAACGAAUAAAGAAUCCAGUUAUUUAACCUAUAAGGAUUCAGAAGGGGAGUUGCCAGAAGAUAUGUGGAUUGAACAGUCAAAGAUUGCAGAUACUGUGGGUUUAAUAGGCCCAGAAGCACCUAUAAUACACUCUUCUCAAGAUGAUAAACCGUUGAACUAUGGUCAUGCUCUGCUUCCAGGUGAAGGUGCAGCUAUGGCUGAGUAUGUAAAAGCUGGGAAGCGUAUCCCACGAAGAGGUGAAAUUGGGCUAACAAGUGAAGAGAUUGCUUCGUUUGAAUGCUCAGGUUAUGUUAUGAGUGGUAGCAGGCAUCGCAGAAUGGAGGCAGUACGACUUCGGAAAGAGAACCAGAUCUACAGUGCUGAUGAGAAGAGAGCCCUUGCAUCCUUUAACCAAGAAGAGAGACGAAAGAGAGAGAAUAAGAUUCUUGCCAGUUUCCGAGAGAUGGUGUACCGAAAGACAAAAGGGAAAGAUGACAAAUAA